AUGCAGCAGAAGAAAUAUGAGUCAGUGUCUGAUAAAGAUCUGCAAAGUCCAGCUGAUUUCAAAACUUUGAAACGAUUACAGAGUCAAGCAAAACAGGAUGAUGAGUUGUUGGCAAGUUACGAAGGGCAGGUCAACAAGAUAUUCAAGAUAGCAUCUACGCUACAAUGUGGACAAGAUGAUUCAAAAAAAGUAGCUCAUAAACUUGACAAUAACUUACGUGAUGAUGUCACGCGGCCCUCGAUGAACUCGAUUACGGCAUUGGCUAUUCAAUUGAAUAAGUUGAAGAUUCUCGACACCAAACUACGAGUUGAUUCUAUAGACUUUGCCAUAAAACAAGGGCAAAAGAAGGUGGGUAAUUUAAGAAGCCAUAAUGAGCAAAUUGAAACACAAGUUGAUUCACUUCGAUUAAAGUUGUUGAAGAAGGAGUCCGAAUUGAUCAAAGACCACUCUCAACGGUCAGACCAGUUGACUAAAGAGAUUGAUGAUUUUCAAAAAACCAAAAUUGCACAAGUCGAACGACAAGCAAAAAAAAUUCAGUUUCAACAUUAUGAAAUACUACGAGAAAUUGCGUUGCAAAAGAGGGAUAAUAAGAAAUUAUAUUUCCAUCACCAACCAAUUCUAAAUCUAGAUGAGUUUCUUGGCUACAAUCUAUCUGCAAUUAAUCAGUUCCUCGAAAGACUCAUUGUUUUGCAAAAUCAACUAUCACGUUUGUUCAACAUGCAACUACCGCAUUCACGAACGCUAACAAAGUACCUACCUGAUUCCAAAUUCUAUGAUCUUUUGAAAAAAAAAGAAGUGAUGAUUACGGGGCAGAAGGAAUCCAUAAUUGAUGAUGAAGGGGAUCAUAGAGAGACUACUCCUAUGGGUAUUGACAAUGUUUCUGAAAAAGUGAUCAAGUUGGGCGAUGCUUAUCAACUUCCCCUAUCUUCGAAAACGUUAAAUUUUCAGCGUCGUGCUGCGAGGUUGUCGUCAUCACCUAUUGAACCAGUUGAGCUCAAUAGUAUUCCAGUAAUUAGGCAAAACAGUGCAAGCUCUUCCGCCGUUAGGAAGAUUACUAUCCCCCAUAGAAUAAUCAACAAACCAUUUAACAAGUUAUCGAUAAAGGAUUUUCUCGAAUUUUUGGUGGUUAUCGUGAGAAUAAUAGCCAAUUUUCAAGUAUUGUUGACAAUUUUGGCAAUUGAUACAUCUGAUUUCACAAUUGAAGAUUGGUGUAAUUUUGAAAAAAUAUUGGAUACACUUUCAAGCGUAAGGGAAUCAACUCAUACUAUAAAAUUGAACUCUUUAGUUGGCUCAAGGCUCAAUCUGAAGACACAUUCCCAUGAUUUAUUACAACAAGUGUACAAGUCAAUAGUAAAGUCAACUUAUGCACAAAAGCAUCACAAUAAAGCACUUGCUUUCCAAACGUUAAACUUUAACAACUUGUUUAUAAAUGAGUCAACUACAGGCUAUGGUGAUGAUUGGGAUUUAAUUAGUGAAAUAUUGUAG